CCCCUGCGUGGCCGCUCGAGCUGCAACGCCGCGACCGGAACCCGCGAGUCGGGGCUCCCCGGCCACACCCCUCGCUGGAUUUAAAGGGGAAGGAGGGAGGGGCCGCGUCGGCCCGGAGCCCGGACCCAGGCGGCAGGCAGGCAGGCAUGAGGCGCUGCCCAUGCCGAGGGAGCUUGAGCGAGGCCGAAGCCGGGGCGCUGCCGGCGGCGGCCCGCAUGGGGCUGGAGGCGCCGCGAGGAGGCCGGCGGAGGCAGCCGGGACAGCAGCGAGCCGGGCCGGGCGCCGGAGGCCCGGCGGGACGGCCCGAGGGGGGCGGGCCCCAGGCCGGGGCCGAGAGCUCCAGGCUCGUCCCCACGGAGCCCGAAGCGGGGACCGCCGGCCUGGGAGCAGACAGCAGCAGCAGCAGCAGGGAGACGCCGCCGGCCGACAGGUCAGAAGGGAGCAGCCACGGGGCAGAGCCCUGGACGGAGGCCGGCACUCUCUGGCCUGAGCCCCGCAGAUCCGACCUGCAGCCUCAGCCGAACAGGGACAGGCCCGGGGCCGAGAACCUGCGGACUCAGCACAGCAGGUCCAAUUCAGAGAGCACCUGUGUCUCCCCGGAGCUUGGGGCUAAUGGCUCCUGCAAAGAUGUGGACACUGCUGCUGCCUCUGUCCAGGAGCCACCCGGCGCCGAUGGCCCCCUGCUACAGCCGGAUACUGCUACUGCCUGGACACAGCGGGGCAUUGCUGAGGAUCCCCAAACAGCACCUGGGACAGACUGCCUUUUAGGAGAGCAUCCUGGCAGCGACAUUGGCCCAGGGGAAGACGCAGGAUCUGGGCAGUUGGUGACUGACCUGUACUCGCGCCUGGGGGGUAGUCCCCUGUGGCCUGUACCCCGCCUUAUCAUCACCCCUGAGACCCCAGACCCAGAGGCCCAGCCCGUGGGAGUCCUGUCCCGGGCUGAGGUGGGCAGCGGUGGCUUCUCCUCUGCCUCCUCUUUCGACGAGUCGGAGGACGACAUGGUGGCCGGGGACGGAGGUGCCAGCGAUCCCGAGGACAGGGCCGGGAGCAAACCAUGGAAAAAGUUGAAGACAGUUCUGAAGUAUUCACCUUUCGUGGUCUCCUUCCGGAAACACUACCCCUGGGUCCAGCUUUCAGGACACGCAGGGAACUUUGAGGCAGGAGAGGAUGGGCGGAUUCUGAAACGCUUCUGUCAGUGUGAGCAGCGCAGCCUGGAGCAGCUGAUGGAAGACCCGCUGCGGCCAUUUGUGCCAACCUACUAUGGCACGGUGCAGCGGGAUGGCCAAGCCUUCAACCAGAUGGAAGAUCUCCUAGCCGACUUCGAAGGCCCCUCCAUCAUGGACUGCAAGAUGGGCAGUAGGACCUACCUGGAGGAGGAGCUGGUGAAGGCACGGGAACGACCCCGGCCCCGCAGGGACAUGUACGAGAAAAUGGUGGCCGUGGAUCCUGGGGCCCCCACGCCCGAGGAGCAUGCACAGGGGGCCGUCACCAAGCCCCGCUACAUGCAGUGGCGGGAGGCUGCCAGCUCCACGUCCACCCUGGGCUUCCGCAUCGAGGGCGUUAAGAAGGCCGAUGGGACCUGCAACACCAACUUUAAGAAGACGCAGGCACUGGAGCAGGUGACCCAGGUGCUGGAGGACUUUGUGGACAGAGACCCCGGAGUCUUGAGAAAGUAUGUGACCCGCCUGGAGCAGCUCCGCGACACCCUGGAGCAGUCCCCCUUCUUCAGGACUCACGAGGUGGUGGGCAGCUCCCUGCUCUUUGUGCACGACCGCUCGGGCCUGGCCAAGGUGUGGAUGAUUGACUUCGGCAAGACAGUGGCCCUGCCCGCCCACCAGACCCUCAGCCACCGGCUGCCCUGGGCCGAGGGCAACCGUGAGGAUGGUUAUCUGUGGGGCCUGGACAACAUGAUCCACCUCCUGCAGGGGCUGGCCCGCAGCUGACCUUCCCAGCACGCCUGGCUCAUUCACCGGAUGGGGCCGCUCCAGCCAGAGGAGCCCCACAUGGAACGGGGGUCUGAGUGUGGCAAGCGGGGCAGUGACCUCCAGAAUGGGAGAGGUUGAAGGCCUCCAUGAUACCACAACACAUGCAGGCAAGGUCAUGCCAGCCAGCCGAACCAGAUCAGCCCCUGGACCACAGGUUACAGAGGGGCCACCAGCAGCCUCCACUGAACGACACCAGCCAAGAACCCACCUCAGCUGUCAGAGGGUGCAGGCGUGACCUGUGAGGACCACAGUAUCGCUUGUGAUCAAAUGCAAGAGCCACUUGUCUCUCGAUUUAGAAUGAGGACACUGCACCCAGAGUGUCGCCUCUGGCCUAGGGCUGGUGCCACAGGCGGGCCGAGGGUGCGGCUCCCGGGCCAGCUGCCCUACCAGGGCCGGUGUGCUCCUCCCGUGGAUUCUGCGGACCAGCAGCUGCACUCUGCCCUCUGGCACCUCCAGCCUCAGGACUUUGUCCUUUGUGCCAGGACACAGGGUCCCUGUGUACUUCCUCCUGGCAGACUCUAGUGCCUGGACCCACUGCUCCUGCAGGGGAACGUGCAGCUGUGGCCCUGAUCAGGGCAGGGACUCCUAGACCCUGGGGUACACCCCACUUGUGCUGGGCCUCCCAGCCCUGGAGGGUGCGCUCAGGUAGCACGUGCCUCUCCCCUGUGCCAGCCCCUGGCAUGGUGAUGGCCUCCUGGCCCCUCUCCACCCAUACACUAUCUGAGGGUAGUGUCAGCCAGGGUUGGCCACAGGAGGGCUGAGGGCUUUCCUGCGCCUCCCAGUGUGGGGGUGUAAGCUCAGACUUACGGCUGCACCCCAGUGCUAGGCAGCCAUGGGGUAGGGAAGCAAGCCGCGGCCUCCCACAUGGCACCCACUGAGCUGCCCUGCUUGGGCCUGGCUCUAUGUUGGAUGACGUGGGGACAGCCCUCCCCCCAGGACCCCUUUUCUCACGUCACCCAGUGGGGAGGACCUGCCCCAGGUGGCUCCCUAUGAGAUCCUCGGCUGGGUGCUGGGGACAGGCAUACCCCACCUUACAGGAUGGAGGAGACAGGUACUCAUUAAAGUAAUUCUCUGCCUCUGUUUUACACACACACACACAC